AUGGCACUGGCACAGUGGCUGGACGAGCUGACGGCGUUGACGGCGCAGAACCUGCCCUGCCUGGAGGUGUCGGAGACCUACCGAGUGCUGGGGCUGCUGGGCCAGGGUGCCUUCGGCCACGUGGUCCUGGCCCUGCACCAGCAGCGGGUGCGGCUGGCGGGGGGCCCCAGCCGGUGCGCAGGGCGCGUGGAAGUACGGCAUGAGGGCCGCUGGGGCACUGUGUGUGAUGACGACUGGGAGCUGUUGGAUGCAGCCGUGGUGUGCCGGGAGCUGGGCUGUGGCACAGCCCUCUCCGCCCCGUCGGGCGCCUGGUUCGGGGAAGGCUCAGGCCCCAUCUGGCUCAACGGGCUGCGAUGCCGGGGCACCGAGGAGCGCCUCGAGCUGUGCCGGCACCGUGGCUGGCGCAAGCACGUCUGUGCCCACGAGGAAGAUGCCAGCGCCGUAUGCUCAGCUCAUCCCUUCCAGCCUGUCAGCACUGCAGAGCCCUCCUUGCCCCCCACACCAUGGCAUGGCCACGUGUCCACUGAUGGCAUCCCCACUCGGAGCUUCGUCACCCCACCACCUGGUGGCAUGGUGGUGCGGCUGGCCGGGGGCCCCAGCCGGUGUGCAGGGCGCGUGGAGGUGUGGCACGAGGGGCGCUGGGGCACCGUGUGUGAUGACGACUGGGGGCUGCCGGAAGGGGCCGUGGUGUGCCGGGAGCUGGGCUGCGGCACAGCACUGGAAGCCCCCCGUGGUGCUCGCUUUGGCCCUGGCACUGGGCCCAUCUGGCUGGAUGACAUGGGCUGCAGUGGGGAGGAGACGGCGCUGGGACAGUGCCAGGCACAGCCCUGGGGCCAGAGCAACUGCAACCAUGAGGAGGACGCCAGCGUGGUGUGCACAGGCGGCCCCAUGGUGCGGCUGACAGGCGCUGAGGGCCGCUGCGCCGGCCGGCUGGAGGUCUUCCACGAGGGCCUCUGGGGCACCGUGUGUGACGACAUGUGGGGGCUGCUGGAUGCGGCCGUGGUGUGCCGGGAGCUGGGCUGCGGGGCACCGCUCUCAGCACCCGGAGCGGCCUUUUUCGGUGAGGGCUCUGGCCCCAUCUGGCUGGACAACGUGCGGUGCAGAGGAAACGAGUCAGCCUUGCUGCAGUGCCUGGCUGCCCCGUGGGGCAUCACGGACUGCCAGCACCGUGAGGAUGCGGCAGUGGUCUGUGCAGAUGAGCUGAGGUCCCUGGAUGUAAGGCCUGCAGAGCCCACAGUGCCUCACCAGCCACCGAUGAAGCUGCCACGGAUCCCACCCUCAGCUAUGCCACGCAAGAAGACACAGGCCCGCGUCCCUGGCUCUUCCAAGACAGCCGUGGCCAGCAAGCCUGUGGCAGGGACAGCUCGGAAAGGGCUAGUCCAGCUCCGUCUAGCAGGGGGCCCCGGGCGCUGCGCAGGGCGCGUGGAGGUGCUGCACGCUGGGCGCUGGGGAACUGUGUGUGAUGACGGCUGGAACCUGGCAGCUGCAACGGUCGUCUGCCGGGAGCUGGGGUGUGGGGCAGCCCUGGAAGGCCCUGGCAGGGCCCGGUAUGGCCCAGGCACUGGUCCCAUCUGGCUGGAUGAGGUGAACUGCACAGGGACAGAGCCUGCGCUGCGGCGGUGCCCGGCAGAGCCCUGGGGCAGGCACAACUGCAACCACCAUGAGGAUGCAGCUGCAGUGUGUGAAGGGCAAGGGGACCUGCUGUCAGCGCGGGGGACCCUGCUACCAACCAGCAGCACCCUGAGCACCCAGCACCCUGCAGGACAGUAUCCAGCCAGCACCUCCCUGUGCACCCAGCAGCCAGCAGGACGGGAUGCAGCUGGUACCACCCCGAGCGGCCAGCGCCCUGCAGGACGGGAUCGAGUUGGCAUCACCCAGGGAAAAGGCAGGCGGGACCCAGUCAGUAUAAUCAGGAUCACACGACUCAAAGCAGAACAGGAUCCAGCUGGUAUCAUCCAGAGCACCAAGCCCAAGGCAGGACGGGAUCCAGGUGGCACCCCCCGGUCCAAAGCAGGACAGGAUCCAGCUGGUACCAACAGGUCCAAAGCAGGACAGGAUCCAGCUGGCACCAACAGGUCCAAAGCAGGACGGGAUCCAGCUGGCUCCAUCAGGUCCAAAGCAGGAUGGGAUCCAGCUGGCACCAACAGGUCCAAGGUAGGACGGGAUCCAGCUGGCUCCAUCAGGUCCAAAGCAGGAUGGGAUCCAGCUGGCACCAACAGGUCCAAGGUAGGACGGGAUCCAGUAGGAACCGUCCGCAUCACCCGGCCCAAAGCAGGGCGGGAUCCAGUUGGUGUCAUACGAAUCACUCGGCCCAAAGCAGGGCAGAAUGCAGCAGGUGCCAUCCAGACCCCCAGGAGCCCAUCAGGACUGGAUUUGAUUGGAACCAAGCCCAAAACAGGACAGGAUCCAGUUGGUGCAAUCCAGAACACCCAGCACCCAGCAGGACGGGAUCCCAUUGAUGCCACCCAGAACAUUAAGCCCAAAGCAGGAAAGGCUCCAGUUGGUACAAAUAAGAGCACCUCGCACCCAUCAGGACAGGAUCCUGUUGGUACCGCCCAAACUCAAGCAGGGCAGGAUCUGGCAGUUGCCAUCCUAAUCACCCAGCACCCAUCAGGACAGGAUCCCACUGGUGCCACCCAAUCCAAAGCAGGUCGGGAUCUGGUUGGUACCACAACAAGCACCAGGCCCAGAGCUGGGCAGGGCUCAGCGCACACCAUGGCGCUCCCAGCAGGACUAGGUCCAGCUGAAACUGAGGGCAUCCAGCCCCUCCCCAAAUGGGAUGUAGGCGCUAUUAUAUGGAGUAACCAGAACUUAGCAGAACUAGGUCCAGAUAAUGCCACACAGAGCAAACAUCCUGCAGCAGAACUGGGUCCAGAUGGUACCAUGAGGCAUGCACUCCCUGAAGCAGUAUUGGAUCCAGAGGGUACCACACAGAGCACACGUCCUGCAGCAGAACUGGGUCCAGAUGGUACCAUGAGGCAUGCACUCCCUGAAGCAGUAUUGGAUCCAGAGGGUACCACACAGAGCACACGUCCUGCAGCAGAACUGGGUCCAGAUGGUACCAUGAGGCAUGCACUCCCUGAAGCAGUAUUGGGUUUAGAUGGUACUACACAGAGCACGCAUCCUGCAGCAGAACUGGAUCCAGAUGGUACCACGUGGAGCACACGUCCUGCAGCAGAACUGGGUCCCGAUGGUACCACAUGGAGCACACGUCCUGCAGCAGAACUGGGUCCAGGUGGUACCAUGAGGCACGCACUCCCUGAAGCAGAAUUGGGUUUAGAGGGUACCACAUGGAGCACACGUCCUGCAGCAGAACUGGGUCCAGGUGGUACCACGAGGCACGCACUCCCUGAAGCAGAAUUGGGUUUAGAUGGUACCACACAGAGCAUGCAUCCUGCAGCAGAACUGGAUCCAGAUGGUACCACGUGGAGCACACGUCCUGCAGCAGAACUGGGUCCCGAUGGUACCAUGCAGAACACACAUUUUGCAGCAGAACUGGGUCCAGACAAUAUCACACAGAGCACACGUCUUUCAGUAAUACUGGGUCCAGAUGAUAUCACAAAGAGCACACAUCCUACAGUAGAACCACGUCAAGAUGGUACCAUGUGGAGCACACAUCCUUCAGUAGUACUGCAUUCAGAUGAUAUCAUGCAGAGCACACGUCCUGCAGUAGAAACGGGUCCAGAUGGUACCACACAGAACACGCAUCCUGCAGCAGAGCUGGGUCCAGAUGGUACCCAAUGGAGCAGAUAUCCUGCAACAGAAGUGGGUCCAGAAGGUACCAUGCAGAGCACAAGUCCUGCAGCAGUAUUGGGUCCAGAAGGUCCGGCUCUGCUGGCACAGGAAGCCGUGUCACCAGCCCUCCCUGCAGCAGUGGUCCCGGCAGCAGGGCAAGCCAGGGCUCAGGUGGGGUCUGGGCGUUGCGUGUCCUGCAUCACACCUGAGCUGCAGGACCUGCUUAUAGUCCAUCGCUGGCAGCCUGGCAGAGCUGGCAGGCUCUGUCCGCCACCUCCUAGGGGGCCUUGCCCUGUGGUCACGGGGCCGAGGGCCUCCCCCAUGCCGCCGGGAGCCCCCUCCGGCUCGUGGGCCGUGAUCACCAGGUGCCCCUUGGCAAUGCCAUGGGCAGGCCCCUGA